AUGGGCGAAGUCGGUGACAUGAAGCUGCCGGAGAUUGGCCUCCAAACCCCUGAACAUGAAGAAGUUCUUAACAUCAUUGAUACUCUACGGUCACAAGGCAUCAGUCAAUAUAUCGACCUCCCACAGUUGAUCGUCUGUGGAGACCAAUCAUCCGGAAAGUCAAGUGUCCUGGAAGCCAUCUCUGGAUUGCAAUUCCCUACCAAAGACAACCUCUGCACUCGGUUCGCGACCGAGCUCAUCCUUCGGCGUGCCCCUGCCCCCAGUGUUACAGUCACCAUUAUUCCAGACGGCGGCCGUACCGAAAAAGAAGCAGAACAACUCUCCCGAUUCACGUCACCAUCUAGCUCCCUCGAUGACUUUGCAGGUAUCGUGAAAGCGGCUGAGACAGCCAUGGGCUUGGACCAUCUGAACACUGUCUUCUCCAAAGACAUUCUCCGGGUGGAACUUUGUGGACCAACCCAGCCCAACUUGACGCUGGUAGACUUGCCAGGAAUCUUUUGGGCAGGGGACAAGUCGCAGUCGGAUGAUGAUGCAGCCCUGGUGCAGUCAAUGGUCAAGUCGUACAUGGAAAAGAGCCGGAGCAUUAUACUGGCAGUCGUCUCGGCAAAGAGUGAUCUGGCGAUGCAGAUAAUCACCCGAAUGGCACGGGAGAUCGACCCCCAGGGCCAGCGAACACUGGGGAUCAUUACCAAGCCUGAUCUCUUGCACAAAGGAUCCGACAGCGAGGCUGCCUUUGUCAAAUUGGCAAAAAACGAAAACAUUGUUUUCAAGCUUGGCUGGCAUGUGCUUAAGAACCGGGACUUUGAUACCAGAGACGCCUCGAGAGAGGAGAGAGAUGCUGCCGAAAAGGCCUUUUUCAAGGGUAGGGUCUGGGCGGCGGCAAUUCCCAAGUCUCAGCUCGGAAUCGGGAGUCUCCGACCACGGCUCAGCGGUGUCUUGCUUGGACAAAUUCAGGUGGAGCUUCCGAAUCUUGUUCGAGACGUUGACCACGAACUACAGGCCUGCAAGGACCGACUACAGUCGCUUGGUUCACCGCGCAACAGCGUGGAUGAGCAACGCUCCUAUCUCCUGACAGCAAGCUCCAAAUUUGUACGCUUAAUGAGAGAUUCUAUCUCAGGAGCUUACAACGAUCCCUUCUUUGGUAGCUCGGACAGUAAGGUAGGUUACGACAAACGACUACGUGCUGUCUCCCAGAACGAGCUUCUCGAUUUCACGGAGAGGAUGCGCGUUUGUGGGCACUCUCAAGAGAUAGUCGAGGAGAAGCCUGAGGAACCUGACGCGGAGGGGCCCGGGCCGCAGAUCAUAUCGAAGGCCGAGUACCUGUCUAGGGUCAAGACGCGUAUGCGUCGCAAUCGCGGCUCCGAGCUGCCGGGCUUGUUCAAUCCGGCGAUCGUCAGCGAUCUGUUCUUCGAUCAAUCCAAACCAUGGAAGCAGAUUCUUGAAGAAACCGAGAGCAAGCUCGUUGCCGCCGCGAGGACAUCCGUGACUCUGAUUGUCCAACACAUCUGCGAUGCCGUGACCGGCGAUGGAAUCACGCGGUAUAUUGUUCGUCCGAAUAUGGAGCCUGUUAUUGCCCAGUUGCAAGCAAAGGUCGAGGAGGUGUUGAAGCCGUACACGAGAGGUCAUCCCAUCACCUACAACCACUACUUUACUGAAAACCUUCAGAAGAAGCGGCAGCAAGUUUCUCAGGCCAGGCUCUCGGAGAAGCUCCACUCGUUCUUUGAGGUGGAUUCGAUGGGUAUGGUGGACUACGCAUUUAACAUUCACAAUCUCCUGAAGGCGUUGCAAGAGGAAUCAGAAGCGGAUAUGGAUCAAUUCACGUGUAUCGAGGCGAUGCAUGCCAUGGAAGCUUAUUACAAGGUUGCAAUGAAGGUCGUCGUUGACGCCUUCAGCAUCUAUGCUGUUGAAGAAUGUCUCCUCAAAGAGCUGCCUUCUCUUUUCAAUACUCAGACCGUUUGUAACCUUGAUGCGACCACUCUCACCAGGAUUGCUGGGGAGUCGGCCGACUCAGUUGCCGAACGUGAGGAUCUACUCAAAAAACUUCAAGUCCUCCAAAUGACAACAACCACGCUGCGACGUAUCAAGACUUUUGAUGGUUCAGAUGGAGUGUCUUCCACUACCGUGGACAAAAGCAUGAAGACUGCACAAGCGUCUGAGGUUCCUGAAGCCUCUGAAGUUCCUGAAGUUCCUGAAGUGCUUUACGAAUCUGACGAGCCUUACGAGUAG